CCGGCCACGCACGUUGACGUCGGCCGCCGGGCGAGCGAGAGUGACGUCUGCGUCAGUGACGCCAGGGCAGCGCGAGCAUGUAGGAGUCAUCUGCGCGUGCGCGGUGUAUUCGCAGCGACGACGACCCCCCCCCCCCCGGCGGCCUUUCUAGGAAGCGGGCCACGCCGAAAUGGGGGCGGCGGCCGCCGAGGCAGAUCGCACCCUGUUUGUGGGCAACCUGGAAACCAAAGUCACAGAGGAGUUGCUUUUCGAGCUUUUCCAUCAGGCUGGGCCGGUAAUAAAAGUGAAAAUUCCAAAAGAUAAGGAUGGUAAACUCAAGCAGUUUGCAUUCGUGAGUUUCAAACAUGAAGUCUCCGUUCCUUACGCAAUGAAUCUACUUAAUGGGAUCAAACUUUUUGGAAGGCCAAUCAAAAUUCAGUUUAGAUCGGGAAGCAGCCAUGCAUCUCAGGAUGCCAAUUUGUCAUAUCCCCAGUAUCAUGUCGGAAAUUCAAGCCCUACCUCCACCUCUCCUAGCAGGUUUGAAAGGCCUAUGGAUAACAUGACUGCAUCAGCACAGAUAAUUCAGAGAUCUUUCUCAUCGCCAGAAAAUUUUCAGAGACAAGCAGUGAUGAACAAUGUUUUGAGACAGAUGUCAUAUGGUGGCAUGUAUGGUUCUCCACUUCUGGACCAGUCCGGAUUUUCUCCAUCUAUUCAGUCACAUAAUCAUUCCUUUAACCAGUCCUCAAGCUCCCGUUGGCGCCAAGAUACACCAUCAACACUGCGGAAAGCCAGACAGAACUCUUACCCCUACACAGUUGAUAAACAUUAUGGUCGUGAUCAGCAUCACACUGACCAUGGUUCCGACCAUCAUUAUAGAGGAAACAGAGAUGAUUUUUUUUAUGAAGAUAGGAAUCAUGACAGCAGGAGUCAUGACUAUGAUAACAGAUGGGACAGUAACAGAGAUGGGAAAUGGCACUCCUCUCGACACUAGCCUGGUAAAAGGACAUUUCUUAUAGGGUCAUCUAGACCCUUCUGCCUAAGGUGGUCUGAAAGCAUUUUGUUGAAAAUUAUACAGAGCAGCUUUAAAAGUUGCCAUGUUUCUAUCUAAAGUCUGUAAAGUACAGAAAUGAGAAAAUUGUGGUCGCAGUUUUACUACAUUAAUAACCUCUCACCUCAGGGUUUCAUGCAGAGUUAAAAGUGCCACCGGCCCUCAUCAUUUUGAACACUUUAAGAAGGCGGGUAGUGUAAGGGGGGAUCCCCGUAAAUGACUGCUGAAUGUAAAGCAGAUAUUUUAAUCCUUUGUUAACAUUUUGUAUUGCAAGGAGUUUCCUGUUAGAUUUUGGUAUGUAUAGUAAGAACAUUUGAUAGUCUGCAAUGAGCUAGUAUUUUGCUAAAAGUGAGAGAAUGCAAUUUUUAAUCAUUUUACUAACAUUUGAGGAAGUGUAGGGGUGAAAGUUGGGGAUAAAUUGUAAUUGUUACACAUGGAGAAUUUAGAUGUAAGUUCUAUGACCAUCUCUUUCGAGUCUUAACCUAAUUGAAGAGACAAAGUGAAAUGUGCCACAAGCUAAAGUUUGCUAUCUAAAUCAUGUCUAACAUGGCUGAAGUCACCCAGGAAGUCAAAUACCGCUAAAUACAGUGCUCACAUGAUUACCUUUUUGAGUAGAAAUAACAACAAAAAAUCAAAGUUAACAGCUAAAUGUUUUACUAAAAACAUACUUUUUCUUUUCCUGAAAGGAGAUUCUUGAAGCCUUAAGUGCUGCCUCUCACUCAGAUAUUUUCAGUGUCUGGUGCUUGUGUACUGGGACACCUUUCACUAUGGUGACUGUACAGGUUGCUUUUUUUUUUUUUUUUUUGAAACUUUGAAAAACUUUUCCGACUGAAAUACUUAAAAAUCACAUUUAGUAAAACGUUUCUUUCUAGAGCUUGUUUAUCAAAACUCUUUUCUUGAAAAAUUUGAGUCUUUUCCACAAUAUUUGUACUAUAUUGUUUUUUUUAAUAUAUUGAGAAUAUGGAAAGGAGAGAGUGUGUCCUUUUUUUACAUCAGCAAUUUCAUAUAUAUGACAGUUAACAGCAUUCUUAAAAAUUCAGUGGUUGUCUUGUGUUAAUCGAAGUUCUGUAAGUCAGUAAUAUAUCCUAAAAUAUACCUUUUGUACAUAUCAACCUUAAUGCUGUAGAUUCUGCUUCUUUGUGACUCGCGAGCUGUGGUUCUGAGCAAUAUACCAUUUAUUUUUCCUGUU